UGUGUCUCUCCCCUCUGCCAGCCCUCACCCCAGUGGAGCCACCCCGCAGGACUCAAUCUCAACGGGGCUGGGUUCCUCCAGUCACCAGAUCCGUCAUACACACAAACAUACACAAAUCAACGUGACACGCCUGACCCGGCCGGGCCGACCAGCAUGGACAGGCGACACCCCCACACGCCAAGGAUCAGUUCAUCAGAGCGACAACACACUGCAGUCAGACACAAGCACACAGGCAAACAGAAUCCCUCUGCAUCCGGCUGCGUGUGCAGCUGACACCCUCGUGGGCCAGCAUUCAGUUCAUACGGGCACGUCUGAGUCAAACUGGGUCAAUCAGCCUGUACACGCUGAUCCCCUGAUGUGUUUCAAACUCAGCACUUCCCAAUCUUUCGCCUCUGGAUGAGCAGACCCCACAAUAAUUUGGGCUUCACAGGGAUCUUUAGCAUAGGUAAAAGAAGCGUUGCUGCCGAGCACGGGAGGAAAGAGAAGCAGCGAAGGAAAAAUAUACCCAGUUACUACCAGUUUGACUAUAACAGUUAUUUAUUGCUAAGCAUAUGAAAUAUAUAAUGGUACUAGUAGUAAUAGCCAUGCAAAAGAAAAACAAACACAAACAAUGACAACACUACCCUGGUUUCACUAAGUAUUUGGGGAAACUUAGCUCAAGCUUAACUGAUACAGUUCAGGUUCAGAAGUUUAUGCCUGGAGAGAAGAGAGAGAGAGAGCGAGCGCUGGGGUCUCACCUAGUCCACGGUACUCAGGCUGCAAAGCUGACAGGCACAGUCUGUAGCACAAUCCUUGAAGAGAGAGACGAUCUGUUCUUCCAGCGUCCCAAGAACGACAGGGGGUGGUGUCAGCACAGGAGUUUUCUUCUUCUUUCCUUUUCCUCUCCUUCUCUCCUCCUCCUCCUUCUUUUUUGCAGCACACACACUUACAGAUUUUUAUACCCUCAGUUCAGCUGCUUGGAAGCACCCUCAGUAGUGUAAAUCAUUGUCUUUUCUAUUGACAAGGGGUUAUCUGGUUUGGACCAUCUCAGGAAACUGAUUGAUAAUCAGGAAACACUUAAGAUUAGGGAGUAACCAAAUACUUGGGAGCCAGCUUGAGAUUCCUAUGGAUGGCAGAUAUCCUGAUGGGAUAUCUCAUGGUGUCUUCAGGAACAAUAGAUAGCUUGCAGCAUCAGGAUUUGGGAUUUUUACUUGUUGUGCACAAGCCUCAGCUUAGCAUGACUUUUCCAGAUUAAAGCAAUUAUUGGGGUGCUCAUACCUUUUGUGGAGAGGACUCCCACCAGUCGUCUUGGGAAAGAUACGACAACACCUGGGAUUAGGGCUCCAGCAGGCUGGAUGCUGUGAUGAACCCUUAACCAUUGUUCAAAUGUUGCCCGUACCCCCUCGGACUCGGUCUCUUGCCUCCGCAUUCCCUAACCCGGCAACCGAGUUUUAGUCAAUCAAGUUUAACUAGGCCUCCCAUAGUGGGACCGGGGAAUGUACGGCCCGAGAUGCCUAUUAAACUUAGAGCUGUGUGUGUGUGUGGGGGGAGAAAAGUCCUUAGCAAAUCCAGAUUAGAACUGGUCUGAUAAAUGCUGAGCUGGGUGUGUGUGACAUGGGUUGAUUAACAUUGGAAGCACAGAUUCCCCAUCAUGCAGUGCUCCCCUGCUUCUCUGGUCGCAGAAUUCACUGCAGUCUCUGCUUCAGGCUUUCUGUUCUCCAUCUCUCAUGUCAAUGAAUGGUCAUCUGGUUCCAUCUCGGAUGUAAAUGAGACCUAGGGCAGUUGUUCACUCUUGUCACCCUGAUCUGGAGAGUUUUAGGUGCGUCUCUCACUGCAUCUUCAUCAGGUAGAGUGAAUCAAUUAGGUAGAAGAGGGGACGUGGGGGGGGCGAGUCCUUGUGAGUCAGACAGACUGCAUCCUGCGCCAGGGUUGCCCAAGAACACAGAGCUGAGACGUAACAGGCCUCAGCUCUGUGUCUUCCAUGACAGGAGCCUGAAGUCCUGGGGCAUAUGACCCCAGCCAUGGAGCAGCUUUGACCCCUGAUCGAGACCACCUGAGGCAGCUGUCAACUGGAGUUCAGGGCUUUGCAGGUUGUCUCCGGGCUUCACGCCCCGGCAGCCAGCUGUGUGCAGGGAGCACCGCCCUGGAAGCAGGGUUGCCGGUGCUUGCGGUCACCGUUCAUGGCGCCGCCCGAGCAGUUCUGUCCAGAGUCCUGGCCCAUCGCGCUCUGCUCCGGGCUGGAUGUCAGAGGCCGAACCUGCAGACGUCUGCUCUUCCCACUUUGCACGGACUGACGAUGGAGUGGCAGCAGGUGCAUGUACAGGCCCCAGAAGGAGAAGCAGGGAAAUGGCAGACGAGCAGGAGUUAGCCACCAAGGAGGGAAGAGACCCACGCCAGCCCACCCCGAGGGAAGGUAAAGGGGUUUGGACACGGUGUCUGUCCUCUCUGCAAGUUGCAUCCCCAAGUUGUCGACCGUGUGCAGAACAUGUCGUGGAAGGUUUGGAGCAGCGGGACCCCCUUAUACACAGGAUUCGUGCCUCAGGUCCUCCUGUUGUCAUACGCGGCUAGACAACGAACCUGGAGGUUUCUGCCACCACAAUUUGGCACCCCAGAUGGGACCCGUCUAGCUUGGCGCCUUUGGAGACUUCCAUCCCCCGACACCCCAGUGCGCACCAGAUAUGCUGCUUUAAGCCAACCCCUCCCUGCUGAUGUCCCAGCACAUCGCAUCCAGCCUGGAGACUGGGUGUAUGUAAAAACUUGGAAACGGUCUCCCCUUAAACCUAAGUAACAAGGACUGUAUCAAGUCCUCCUCACCUCCCACACCGCCGUAAAAGUAGCAGAAAAGGACAACUGGAUUCAUUAUACUCGUACAAAGAAGACAGAAGUUUCACCCGAGCUCAGGAUCGGCUCCAUCGCGAGCUUCCCUGACCUGGAAAAGGGGAAGCCAGAAGAAGACGACUGCGGACUUCGUGGGAGCACCGCACGCCCACCUGACCGCGACAAGGGUGAGCCAGAAGCAGACAAAAAAAUAAAACCCAACACCUCCUGGACCUGCAGCCCGUUAGAUAAUAUAAAACUCAAACUAACCAAGGUCCACUAAUGAACUGUCACCCUUUUGGGGUCCUGCCCAGCCCAGAGAGCACCAAACUCCAAGUACUGCAUCCUCUAGACACUUUUGGAUCAGCUGAAACCGAGCACUUUGAGACUGUAACAUGUCCCAGAAGAUCAGUUAUUGGAGCUGCAGGGUUGUGCAUACUGUUUGUGCUGAUUUUGGUUAUAAUACGGUUUUUAUAACCAUGUUAUUUCUAAUCUUUCUCUUUGCUGGAGAAAUAAGUCUCUCACAGGGGUCGGCUAUAGCUGCCAGUUGCUGCAGAUGUGCUAAUCCUGGUGCCCGAGGUUUUCCUGUCUGGAUAAGCGAUUCAAUCGAACUCUCUGAUAUAGACGGGAAGGUCAACAUUGCCCGUUGGUAUCCUCCCUCACAUUGCUGUAGUUCAGCAGAAGUUCGGGUAUUUACUUAUGGAACAGAAUAUUGUGUAAAGCCUAGCCACCCAGUUCUCAGACAAUUUGCAGAGUCUCCUCAGGCUAAGACUACUCUUAAACCUAAUGUUGCCCACAUCUCUGAUAAUAAUAUGUACCUCCAAUACGUUGAGAGAGCCGCUAAAGCAGAAAACCAAAGUGAUUGUUGGGUGUGCAGUCAUUUUCCUCUCCACACUCAAGGAGGCAUUCCUAUGACUCCCAUCCCCUUGGGCCCCAUCGAGUUACUUUUAAACCCCUCUAAUAACCAAGCUUGGGACCAAAGUCAGCAGGAGUUCCUUUUAGUAAAGCCUGUUGUUGGAGAUUGGUGUUUCUAUGUAAACUGCUCAGUAUCAGACUGCAUUAAUUUAGGCACAAGCAGAUGUCACCACUAUUUUACUAGUUCUAGUGGAGGAGACUGGCGUAAUAAUAACACAGCAACUCCUACCUAUUACAGCUCUUACAAUGAUUUCUACAGCAGCAAAAAUUUAACCAAGGGCACUAAUCCUAUCUGCACCCCCAUCUCCUCUUUAAAUAAUACCUUGUGGUAUUGUUUGUACACUGAUACCUCCCGGGGACAAUGCUUCUUCAAUGGAACUGCAAAUCCUUCCUUUAAAUCAAAGGGUGAAUGCGGGGUGCUAGGAUUAGGAAACGGGGGCCAAAUACCUCCUAAGUAUUCAAACCUCGCUGCUUUAAAAGGACAAUACUGGGUCUGUGGCUCCCACGCCUACCAUAAAAUCCCCGCCAAAGGAAAAGGUAUCUGCUAUCCAGCGAUGCUAAAACCCUCUACGUCCUUUGCCACGCACCUUCCACGGGGCAGGUGGCGAAACAAGAGGGAUUUGCAAGAAAGCUGUGAUAUAGUAGAUAAAUAUCAAAAAACUCCGCUUACCAAAGGAGUGUUAGUCGGGUGUUCUUUACCAGGUAUACUCCCAGGAAUAAACACUCCUUGUCUUAAAAAAUUUACACUACGCCUACAAGCUGUGAUAAAAAUCAUGGCUCAUAGAUUCAAUAAAGGUCACAAAAAACUCUCAAAAGCUGCUGCUGCCUUGGCUGACACCCAAAAAAACCUCUGACAAAUGAUAAUUCAAAACCAUAUAGCCCUUGAUUUUCUCCUUGCUACUCAAGGCGGGAGCUUAUACAGUUAUCGGACCAGAAUAUUGCUUUUGUGUUAACAGUUCUUUUACAAUAGUACAAACCCACCUCAAUGAUGCAGCUGUCCAUAUCCAAAAAGCCAAAGAUAUAGCUAAAAUCCCCAAAGAUGCAUCUCUUAGUUGGCUCACAAAUUGGUUGCCCUCCCUUACAGGAUGGCUUAGACCUUUUGUAUUAAGCUUAAUCAAAAUUAUUAUAACUAUAAUCUGCCUGUUGUGCUGGUUUCAGUGUCUAUGCUCUCUAAAACAAUAGUUUAUGCAAAGGCAAAUAAAAAUGUAUGGUCAGUUUAUACGAAUAUCCAGCAUCAAUCAUCAAAACCUAACCCCACAAAAAGUUAAAUACCUAAAAGUGUGUUCCAAAAUUUCCUCUGGAAAAUUAAAACAAAGGGAGGAUUUGUAGUGCGCAGGUUUGUUAUUACCCUGAAAUAGAAUAGUUUUCUGAUAGCAUACUGUUAGGUUUACAAUAAUUUGGUUUAUUAAGAAGUAUUAGCUUUGCAGCUGAAUACAAGGCAUGACCUGUGGCCUAGCAAUGCUGCUGACCACAAGGCAGAAUGAUAGCUAGGCCUUUGCUUGUGUCAAGUAGUCAUUUUAACUGUAUUAAGCAUUUUCUGAGUUAAAAAGUGGAUCUGUGUCUGUGUGCUGGAAAAUCAGCUACAGCAAAAAGCAAGAUAAGACAGGGAAACCAUUGUUCUGGGUGCAGUGGUUGUCCUUAAAAAGUAUCUGCUACUGUGUAAGGUUUUGCUAACAUAAUGUUACUGUUACUUAACUUUUAGCUUUUAAAAAGUGCUAGUUCAGCUUAAUAGAAAUAUGCUGUUACAAAGAUUUGUAAAGCACCGCCCAAGUAUUGCUUUUUGUUAACCAUAUAGUCUUGCCUUAUUGUAAUAACUAUAAAAGAUCGCCUCACCCUUUAUGGGGGGCCAUUUUGCCUUUUGCUGGCUUUAUGCUCUUUGCUCGAGCAAAUAAACAGCUGUCUUUCUUUA